AUGACUGAUGGACUCAUAACAGACCGAAUUCAACGUAACCUUAUUUUAAACGAAAAGGAUAAAUAUAAGGAUAUUAAGCUUCAGCUUCUCAAGGGAGGCCGUGGGCAGUUUGGAUUCCGCUUCCUUAACGAAAUCAAAUGGGCAGGGGCGAGAUUUAACUUUCAGUACCUUCUUAGAAUCGAUGAUGACUACUUCCUGCGUUCAAAAAGGCUUCUUUCUGAGCUUCCAUUGAGGCCGAAACAAAAUCUAGUCUGGAGAUUUUUCCACUGUGAAGUAGGAAUCACAUGGCUGGAUGAAGCAUUUAUGAUAUUCUCUGAAGAUAUCAUUCAGAAGUUAUUGGCGCAGAACAAAAGCUCGAUGUUGUGUCAUCCACAUGCGGACCAACAAGUCAUGUUGUGGCUGAGCAAUAUUGUAAACAAAAUAUACUUCCACGAUAUUAGCUAG